AUGGCGAAUGGUAAGGAGGUCUUGGCCAGAAUUCCCAACCCGAACGCGGGCCAUCCUCAUUAUGUUGUUGCUAGUGAAGUAGCAACUCUUGAUUUUUUGCGUGCCAGUCUUAAGAUACCUGUUCCCCGGAUUCUCUCGUGGAGUUCUUCGUCGCAGACUAACCCAGUUGCUGCGGAAUAUAUCAUCAUGGAAAAGGUACAAGGGCAGCAACUCAGCGAGGUCUGGGAUACUAUGUCUGAGGCUCAACGCUUCCGCCUGGUGAGGAACUUGGUACAUAUUGAACGCAGAUUGAUGGAAGCGAAAUUUACUCAACAUGGCAGUUUGUAUUAUCGGGACACAUUCCCGCAGGGAAGAAGCAUUGCUGCCCUACCCGGUCUAGAUGACGAUAUCCAAUCCAAAUAUGUAUUCGGCCCGACAACUCAGCGGUCCUUUUGGGAAGACGAAGUGGAAAAUCUAGAUAUUGACAGAGGCCCCUGGGAAUCGGCCAUGGGGUAUGUUUCCGCCGUUACAAACCGUGAGAUUGUUCGUAUACGACAUGGACACAGCAACACCAACCAUACCACUGUACCUUUGGGGAGGACACCAAAGCGACGAAAAGAACAUAUACAGCUCCUUGAGAAAUUCCUGGCUGUGCUCCCUCACAUACUACCGUCAGAUAACACGCAUUCCCCCGUCAUGCUGCACCAUGACCUUCACGCGGAUAACAUAUUUGUCGACGGACAUGAUCCAACUCGGAUUACAAGCAUAAUUGAUUGGCAAGCAGUACACAUAGCGCCCCUAUUCCUCACGGCAAAGUUCCCCUCGAUAUUCAAUUGUGAUGACUCUUAUAUCUGGGGUGCUCUGCAGCCUAAGCUACCUACGGAUUUUGACGUGCUCUCGACCGCUGAAAAGAAAGAAGCCGAACAGAAGCUAGAGAGACUGAGAUUGAAGAAGUUUUACGAGCUUGCCUCCCGGAAAUUCAACCCGUCUCUUGUUCAUGCCAUGGACCAAAUGAGAGAUGAUGAUGACCCCACCAGCUUUAUAUUCCACAUUGUCAGUCAGACUUCCAGGGACGGGCCAAUACCGUUAAGAGAGCUUUUGAUACAGGUAUAUGAGAAGUGGGACAGAAUCAUGGCACAGCGAGGUUCAACAAGCCUAUGCCCCAUUUACUUCUCAAGGAGAGAGAUUGAGCAAAGCCGGCAGCAUGCAGAGGCAUGGGCGGCCGCGUUCAGUCAAUUCAAUAAUCUGAGAGCUCAAAUAAGUGAUGAAGAAGGAUGGGUCUCACAUGAUGACUACGAAGAGGCCAGGAAAAGGUGGAAGGAGAACGAGAAACUAUUGCAAGUUUUGCGAAAACAAUUGGAAGCGUUGGUGUAA